UGUUUGGCUGCAGUUCCUUUUUUGGUGGUUCAGUCAGAUUGCAAUGGCUUCCAGAAUAUCUUUUUCACAGUACAAAUUGGAGGCGGAAAUAGAAAAAUGUAGGGGAGAAUGUCAGUGGGACAAAAUUCAAAAUCUUGUGAAGCAACUUUCUCCAGAGAAUGAUGAUUUUGGGAAUCUGCUGCUUGCUGAGGUUCUCUUGGAACAGUGCCUGAUGGAAAACACAGUCAAGCUGAAAGAUUGCAUUCCUUUAAUGGAAAAGAAUGAACCCAAAAUGAGAGAAGCCAAAAAUCACUUGAGCAGUAUUUUGAAAAGAGGCAAACUACAACAUAACCUGAUGUCUGAAGCCAUUCUUACCUUAGCAAAGUUACAGUUUGUGGAAGGGUCAUAUCGUGAUGCGCUCAGCAUGUAUGCUCGAGUAGGCAUCGAUGAUCUUUGUAUUGACGAUGAACCACUUUAUAAGAAAAGACUUUUAGCAGAGGCCUAUGUUAUUAAAGGCUUUUCUCUUGAGCGUCAGACUUCAUCUGUUACCUCAAGAGUUCGUCUGUCUGAACGAGAAGAGGAAACAAUGUCCUGUUUUGAGAAAGCUGGUGAUAUUGCUCUGAUUUAUUUACAAGAAGGGGAGCAGGCCAUGAUGAAUACUCAGUCCAGAUCGAUCAAGGGGAUUGUCCCGGUCCGAGAGGUGGAGCUUACUUACUUUCUUGAAGCUGCAUUGCAAAGUGCUUAUGUGUCCUAUUUCAAAAAAAGGAAUAUGGUCAAGGGAGUAAAACGAAUUCGGGAAAUGUUAAGAGCAAUGGAGACAAGAGCCACACAGAAUUUUAGAAUGACAAUAGCCAGACAACUGGCUGAGGUGCUUCUACACAGCCUGUGUGAGGACUGCUACUGGAAUCUAUUUUCAGACCCGCCUUCUGAGCUCAUUACUGAGGAAAGUGGACCUUUUUCAAGUGUUGGCUACAUUAAAACCACUGGUCCUCAGCUCUACCAAGGAGACAAUCUUUUUCUCAGCCUUUUCUGCCCACGGGAUAUUGUUGAAGAAGCACUCCUUCUCCUCCUAAUCAGCGAGUCGAUGGCAAACCGCGAUGCUGUAAUAAGCCGUGCACCUGACCAAAAGAAAGAUCGCAGCAUCAGCUUCGAGAUUGCUUCCACGUUAUAUGACCUCUUGAGCAUUACUUUGGGCAGAAGGGGACAGUAUGAGAUGCUCUCGGAAUGUUUAGAACGAGCAAUGAAGUUUGCAUUUGAUGAAUUCCACCUGUGGUAUCAGUUGGCACUUUCACUGGUGGCUAGUGGGAAGUUUACUUGGGCUGUGUCUGCUCUCAGAGAAUGUGCAAAACUCCAACCUAAAGAUCCAUGCAUACCACUCAUGGCUGCCAAGGUUUGCAUUGGCUCUCUACACUGGCUGGAAGAAGGAGAGCGGUUUUGCACCAUUGUGACCACCAUGGGGGAAGAAGCUGGAGAAUUUCUUGCCAAAGGCUACCUGGGCCUAGGGUUGGUGUACAGUCUCCAAGCUACAGAUGCUCCAUUAAGAAGCACGCAGGACGACCUUCAUAAGAAAGCUUUGAAAGCCCUGAGAAGAGCUCACAGUUUGGAUCCUGACGAUCAUCGGAUUGCCCUAUACCUAUCUUUACAGAUGGCAUUCAACAGGCAGAUCUCUGAAGCGAUUGAACUGUUACAAAUAGCCCUUAAACUCAGGAAUGAUGACAUGCAUUCUCUCCAUUUACUGGCACUUCUGUUUUCUGCUCAAAAACACUAUCAACAGUCUUUGGAGGUUAUUAACAUGGCAAUCAACGAAUAUCCUGAAAACUUCAGUUUACUUUUCACUAAAGUCAGACUUGAGGCAGUACAGAAGGGACCCGAUGAAGCUCUCGAAACCUGCAAACAUAUGUUAAAUGUGUGGCAGACAACAUACAGUUCUCAUUGCAGUGAUUGGGACAAAGAGAGCAGCCUAACUGAAGGGGCGCAGAUGGAAAAACGGAGCACUCUUCAAAGUAGUGUUGGUGAGGGAGCGUCGGUUGAGAAACGAAGCAUGGUUCAUCUUGCUUUCCCAGAUUUCCAUGAGGGCGAAUCAGGUUCCCAGCAUGUCCCAUCCGUUGCUGCUUCCCGAAUGGAACAGGCAGCGUCUGAGGAGUCUGCACAAAGCAGCAGUGUGAAGAACUCCCCCAAGCACUUGUCCAUCAUGCUGGAGCAAAUUUGGUUGCAGGCUGCUGAACUUUUUAUUGAACUACAAAGAACCAAAGAAGCUUCAUUUUGCAUCCAAGAAGCAGCAAGCCUUUUUUCCGUAUCACAUGAUGUAAUGUUUAUGCGUGGGUGGUUGGCAGAGGUGAGCGGCAACUUGAAUGCAGCCAAGCACUUUUAUGAUGAAGCUCUUGCCAUGAAUCCAAGAAGUGCAAAGAUCAUGGAGCACUUGGGAAGGAUAGUCUACAAAAUGGGCCAAAGUAGCUUGGCAAAGAAGGUUCUGAGAGAUGCCGUUCAGACUCUGUCAACAUCCCAUGAGGCCUGGAACAGCUUGGGGGAGGUGCUGCAAGACCAGGGGAAAAAUGAAGAUGCUGCAGAAUAUUUUCUUACUGCCUUAGAGCUAGAAGCUAGCAGUCCUGUAGUGCCAUUUACUGUCAUCCCAAGAGUACUUUGAAAUUAAUCACAUGGGUCACUUUUUAUAAAUUUUGCACAUUCCAAUCCAAAGAUUUAAUUUACUGUCUCCUGGAACAGAGUUCAACUAUGAAGUAUUAGGAACAACUGAGCUAAGGUUCGUCAACCAUACUUUUCCCAAACUGAAUUGUACACCACUUCCCAACAUUGAACAAACCCCAACCACCAAUCCUAACCAUCCCUCACCCCCAGUGCACUUUCAUAACAAUUAUAAUGUCAUAACAUUCAAAACAAUGGUUCUGAGACUGUAUUAAGCCAAUCAUGGUACAUUUAUGGAAUCAGCUCCUUGCACUGAACAAUAUCCAGGAUUAGGCAAGAACAUAAUUCACAGCAGCUGUGGCAGCAUCUUUCCAGAAUUGCUUCACCUUGGUCCAGGAAGCAAAUGAGAUAGAUCUGUGUGACUGCCCUUAGUCAAAUGCUAAUUUCAGGGCCUGGAAGUAAGAAUUCCUGUCCUUAAUCCCUUCAUUUUUAUACCUGGGACCUUAGUGUUGUAUGAGACGUUCUCAUUUAAUACUCUUUCAAGACAAACAGUUAAUUUAUAGAAACAUCUUUCAAAUUGUUUGAUUCACAAACCUCACAAAGCUUUCAUAAUUUUUGAAAUUGUUUCUGGUAACUAGUCGCACAUAUUUUUAUUGUAAAUGUUAUAUAUAACCAUUUGGUUUGAAUAUUAAUUACAUGUUUGCCAAACUUUGUGUUCACCUCUUCCAUCAUUUCUGUAUGAUAUAGUUAUUUUCAUAAAUCUUUCCCUCAAUACGUAAUAGUAAUUCCACACCCCUAAUGCAAGCAUGACUUUCAAUAUGAGAUAUUUUCAGUUUUAUGUGGUUUGUUUUGCCACAGAUCUAGCACGGGGAAAGCACACUAUUGGCACAAUAUUCAACGCAUCAAACUGUCAGGAAGGCAAGUUAUUCUUAGUUCAUUGCUUCCUAAAUGUCUCAUCAGUUAGCUAAUCAGAUAGCAGUUAUUGUUGGACAAUAUUCAUCCAGUGUGCGUUGGGGCACUGUCACUUUUCUGCAGUGCCUACAAUGUCCAAAAGUAUGUAGUUUAUGUAGUUCCUCCAAAAGUUAGUCUUUUUCCCUCCCCUUCUCCCUCUCUCGAACAUAUUUAUAAAUUUAUGUAACCCUCUCACCAGAGCUCGUAUACAGACUUGGCACUUAAACUAACUCUGCUACCAGCCACGUGACUCAGCAGUAAGGAAGCCGCCUUUCAUUAGCAGUAUGUGUUUAGGGCCGGUAUGAUUUGGGGUUCAACCAAACAGGAACGUCGUCGUGUUCUGAUUACAGAAACCUCAAUUUGAGCAAAUACUGUGUAAAUAUUGCCCAUGCACAGUUAUCAGUAGCCCAGUUAUGACAGAUUGUGCAGCAAUGUAAAAUUGUAAAGAAACUACAUUUACCAAAUGUUCAACUUUAACAAACAGUUACCGAAAAAGAAAAAGAGCCUAUUACAAUUAAAUCAGGCUGAUGUGCACAUAAUAUUGGAGCUCAUACUGGAGUAGUUGGGGUUAUGUGAAAGCAUCCACCACAUUCCAAACUCCCUUUGAAGGCCAUCUUGAAUGAACUGUCUCUCUCAUGAGUAUUGGUCCUUCCUCCCUCGAGCUAUUCAUCUGCACAAAGCUCUUCUUGCAACGGGGAAUGUCCUUCCAAUAGCAUUCUGCAGCAUCUUCACUCGUGCCCCUCUCCACAUCUCCCGGCAAAAGAUGACUGUCCUUCAGAAAACUCUCUCCCCACGGCUCACAUCCCACAAUCCUGGUUGGCUGACACAACACUCCCAAGUUUGACAACAUGGGUCCUUAUCUUAGCUGAAGCCAAAACACGCUUUCUAGCAUAACACACUGCUUUUACAGAAAACUGUUGAUAUAAACUACACACACAUACAAAUAUAUAUUAGAUAGAUCUUUUGAGAGUAUUUAAUGUUGACAGUGAGAAAUGUUCUAGAGUACAAUCUUUUUAUGCAGGGUCUCUGGAAUUACAAGUAGGUUAGAAGGAGCAAUCAUUUAGCAAUCUCAUUUACCAAGAAUCUGGCAGAUCAAAAUAACAUGUUGAUGCAAUAAUGGUUUUUCAGUGUUUCACUACUGAGCAUAAAAGCCACAUUUACAAAUCCUGUCACAUCUCAGAAUUUGCAUACAAUUCGUCACCUUCAGAUUCCCAUAUCAGGAAGCUAUGAUGAAAUUAAUCGUAAUUGGGGCAACAGAGAAUCAUGUUACUUCUGUCCAGAAUCACACUUCAUCGUAUUGUGUAAAGGCUUUGGGUUUAAAAGAUGACAAAAUGGGAAGUAGUCUGGUGGAAAGAGGAAAUUAGAACCUUGCUUCAUUUUACUGAAUACCAACCAUGUCUUGGCUCAUAAGCAAACCAAGCACCACUCAAUGCAAGUUUCAUGAGAUGGAUUUCACCUCAUUUUCGUCAUAGUGAAUAAUAAUCUCUACUCUUGCUGGAAUUUCCAGUUGUCAUUAUGAGCUGGAUCCUCAUUUGUUUUGCCACUGCUCAGUAGAGAGCUUUUUCUACACCUAGUUUCCCAAUCACCCAUCUUCCCACCAUUCUGCACUCAAGUUACAGACUUUGAAUAAAAAUGGACUGUUUAUAUUUGCUUCCUUUCUAAUAUUGUCCCAUAUCCAGCAAUAUGAAAGCAUAGGUUUGGAUUGCAGACUUGUGCAUGGAUAUGAUGUGAACCGUAGCUUGUGUGUAAUUGAAUGUUUCAGUUACAGCUGAGUACGUUAUCUAGUUUAAAGCUGCAACCACAAAAACAUAUAACUCAUGUAGUUUGGUGCAGGUGCAGACAAGAGCAUCCCAAAGAGACCAGCUGUAACCCCAUCAAAAGUGUGCGCACUUAUUUCACUACUUCUGUCGCCGCUUUGCCAUGCAGGCUCUGAGUGCUGGCUCCUGCACAAGAAACACAUGCAGGUUUUAUUUGCACCUUAACACUUUGGGCUGUGGAGUCUUCCAUGAUGUGAAGGUUGGUACAAAUUGCUUAAAAUUGUGAAUGGAACAUAUUUAGUUAUUUUGGCAAUCAGUCAGAAUUAAUUCAACUAGUUUGAGAUGGAAUCGUAUAAACAUGAAAACAGGGCCUUCAGCCCAACAGGUCAAUGCCAACCAGUCCCAUUUGCCAUCUUGGUCCAUAUCCGCCAGGGGUUCCCAAACUGGGGUCCACUGACCCUGUGUUUAACGGUAAGGGCCCAUGGCAUAAGAAAGGUCAGGAACCCCUACUCUAAAGCUUUUCUGGCCAUGUACCUGUUAAAGUGCUUUUAAAUACUGUCUUACUAAUGACAUCUAUCCUGCAACCAGUUGCUUGAGAUCCACCAGGAAAUCUGGUGUGGAAGGAGGAGGGGGAGCAGCGAGGAUUAAAGUCCCAUUUGAAAUAACUCCAUGUUCUGCAAACUGAAGGAGUUCCUUUCCUAUUCCAUUCACAUGGUGUAUCGUCAUGUCAAUUUAACUGCAGCUAAUUGACUUUGAUUUGAAGAUUAUAAAAAUAGCAAGAUCAGAAUCAGUAAUUAUUAAAUCAAUUUGAAAUGCAGUCACGUGAGGGAUAUGUAGAGGCAGGAGACUGCUAAUGAGCCUUCCAAGCCUGCAGUCCACCCUGUUCUCCCUCUCCUCACCCUCCGUUUCACUUCCUGCUCCCCCCUGUCUGAGGUUUCCUUUAUUUGGGACGCAGCUGCUGUUAAGUAUAAGAUACGAUAGCAACUGAGAAAACUUAGAGCAUAUAGAGUCACUAAGCGAGAUUAAGAAAAGUUUAUUGAGUUCAUAUAUUCCUCACACACUCUCAACCUAGAAACAGUUAAACCUGGAAUCCUGAAAGAUUCUUAAUUUGAUGGGACUGAAUCUGAGAAAACCUUUUGGAAUGAAUGACAGUGUGUUUCCAUUUUCAUAUGUUUACCAUAAUUCGCUUCUCUGUUCUAUGGGAAAAGGCCCUUUGGUCCAACUCUCCAUCCUGACCAAAUUGCCUGCCUGAGCUAGUUUCAUGUAUCUGCCUUGUCCCAUACCUCCUUAAACCCUUGCUCUCCGUGUUCCUGAAUGUCUUUUAAACGUCAUUAACUAUCAUAAUGCCAGCAUUCUCAUUUAGAUCUCCAGGUGGAAUACACAAAGAUGUAAUUCAGUAAUGUGGGCUGUAUUACCUCUGGCGCUUGGUACGUUAGUGGCUGGCACUUCAUUCUCUGUAAUCGUUGCAAGUUGAUUUUGUAAAAUAACACGUCUGCUUUUGCUGUCUGUUUUUUAAAAAAUCUUAGGGAAAGCCUAUUGAUUGUUAAAAUUGAUUAUUUUACUGCAUUGGAGCCUUCACUGUCAUUUGCUGUCACUAACAAUGUCUGCAAGUUAUUCUUCCAUUCACUCUAAGACAUUCCCCUGCCAGCUAAAGGCCAUCUGAAGUUUGUCAGAAUUAAAGAGGGAAAUUUAUUUUUUGUAAUUGUAACUUUUUAUUAGGAGGUGUAGAGAUCAACUGAUACUGUGAAAUAGCAUCCUUGCUGAGGCCCCUGCAGUCUUUUGAACAGUGACACAAUAUUUACUUGGGUUUCCGUUUCACAUUCCCUGCACUGGGUGUAAGUUGCCUGGAGCCGACUCCAGGAACUUGGAAGACACCAUUAUUAAUUCACAUCGUGGACCACUCUGGAAGGCGCUGCUGGUUUGCUGUGUUAUAAAAGUGUACAAUGUCAAGGGAAAUAUACUUCUGACAACUUGAUCCUGCAGAUCAUUAAUACCUGUCACACAAAAAUCAUCUAUUGUUAAUAAUCCGGGACUAAAGAAAUUGUACAAGAAGUGUGAAGUAAUUAAUUUGAUCCAGGUGUUAUUCAGGGAAUGAAGACUGGUUUUUAACGUAAUUUUCACAACAAAGGGACUGAUUAAAUAUUUUAUUAGAACCUGUCACGAGGUACAUGUUUGAACAAUACAAAGAUGAGUAUUUAUUUUGCUGUAUAUAAGUGCACUCCAGCCAGCUGUAGCUGGAAACAACUGUAUCAGAUGUGGCUUGAGUACUUCAGCUGUUGCUUUUGCAAUGUCCUGACUGCACUGAGUUACAGUAAAUUAAUGUGAUUCCUGUAUCUAAAAUAUCUGAAAUGUAUUUAAUGCUAUUUUGAAAUCACAAUCUGUUAUGUUGUGUAACUGUAUUAUGCCUUAUAAUAGAGAGAAUUUUAUAGGUUAGCCAAUAAACUCUAUUUGAGUUGCCCAAUGUUUUCAGGACAUUGCUUCUCAGGUACUUCAGUGAGAGAGUUGAUUGGUUUAUGUUUGAUAUCUUUAAGUAAUUAAUCAUUCUAAUGAAUACUUAGAUAUGAUAUAGCACACUUACUUAAUAUUUCAUGAGAGGAAAAAUAAAUCAGCCAUGAUCAAAUGCCGGAGAAGGUGCGGAGGCCUAAUGGCCUAAUUCUGCUCUUCACAGUUGGAAUUGUGCCUCUGGCUCUUGUAGAACAGGACUGCACAGUCUUUAUUUGGUUGUGCCUUCAUGAUGGGACCUGUUGGCAUGGCCCAUCAGUACCUCUGCAUCUUACAUGUGAUCUAAAGCAACAUGUACAAAAUGCUGGAGCGAUUUAGCAAAUCAGGCAGCAUCUAUGGAGGGGUGUAAACAGUCAACGUUUUGGGCCAAGACCCUUCAUCAGGACAGAAAAGGAAGGGGGCAGAAGCCAGAAUAAGAAGGUGGGGGUGAAGGGGAGGGGGAAGGAGUACAAUCUGGUAUGUCUCUAACUUCCAGUAAAUUUCCCCUCUCCCUUUAUCCAUUCUGUACUCUGGUUCCCCUCUCAUCCCUUCUCUUCACUUGGCCAUCAUCUUCCUGUGGUUCCUCUCCAUCUUCCUUUUCUUCCAUGAUCAACUGUCCUUUUAUUAGAUCCCAUCUUCUUCACCCCUUACCUCUUUCACCUAUCACCUCCCAGCUUCUUACCUCAAACCCCCUUCCUCACACACCCACCUUCUCUGUCCCCCGGUUUCACCUCAAGAUUUCCAGCAUCUACUGAACCUCUUGUGUUUAUGUUCUUAUCUAAAACUACAUUUCCUCACGUUGCAAGUAUAUGGACCUGUCUAUCAGAUGGUUGCCUAUAUAGUGAAGUAAGAACCUUACAGAAUGAUUGUUAGAUCCAAGUGCCACUUCCUGAUGCAAGAACCAGUUUUCCCAUCUAUUUGUCUGAGGGAAAAGAGCAAGAUGUAGGAAAGCUGAAAUCUGAGUAUAAAAAUAAGAUUUUAGGGUACGUAUGUUGACUAACCCACUGUUAGAGUGCAAUCGCAUCAAUAGAAAGACACUGAUAAUGUUCUACAACACGAUCUGCCAGGGUUGCUGGUAGAGGCUGAUGCAAUAGGGACUUUUAAAUAUUCUUAGACAGGCACAUGGGUGUAAGAAAAAUGUGGAUUAUGGACUAUGUAGGAGGGAAGGGUUGAAUUGAUCUGGAGUGGUGUAUGUUAGUAGGCACAACGUCAUGAGCUGAAGGGCCUGUACUGAUCUGUGUUCUAUGUUCUGCAGUCAACAUUCCCAGACUUAUAACAGUUGGAUGCCUCCUAUCAUAUUGUUGUACUUCAUUUUUGGGAUGCUUGACUAUGUGAGAUUAACCUGACUCAAAGAGAAUUACGGCCAUCACUGUAGAGGGUGUUUUGUGAUCUGGAUUUGCACACAGUGUUAACAUAGGGUCAUUAUGUAAUGAUUAAAUCAUGAAAUAAAUUGUUCUAUGUAAAAAAAUGCUUCAGACCUCGUGUUGCUGAUGUGAUGCUUUCGCUUGUUGACGAUUUAAUGAUUAAAGAGGUAUUGAAGCUGUAUUUCUCCCAUACCUGAGUCACAGAGUAACACAGUAUAGAAAUAGGACCUUUGACCCAAUUCAUCCUUGCUGACCAAGAUGCCCAACUGAGCUAGUCCCAUCUCAUCCUUUCCAAACUGUGUAUGUGUCCAAGUGACUUUUAAAUAUUAGUUUAUCUGCCUCAACCACUUCCCUAUCAUCUCAUACAAUAUUCACACCACCCUCCGCUUGAACGAGUUGCCACUCAGGUCCUGUUUAAACUUUUCUCUUCUCACCUUAAACCUACUCCUUCUUGUUUUUGAAUGUAUUUUCCUGAGAAAAAGACUGUGCUCAUUUACAAAGACCAUGCCCCUCAUGAUUUUACACACCUCUAAGAGAUCAUCCCUUUGUCAUCUACUCUUCUAGCCUGCCCUAUAUGUAUAUAUAUCCUGCAACAACACUGGGUUGGAAAGUAAAAUAUUGCUGUUGCUGCUUGAAACUCUACAUAAUGGUCGAUAUAGCUAUACAAUCGUCGCUUUGCUUCUUUGUGUAGAUGGAAGUUCUACUAAUAAAAAUCUAUAUACACAAGCCCGUUGAUUUUUGGCCCAAGUUUCCUGAAAGUAUUUACCAAGGAAAAGGAUAUGGA